AUGUCGCAAGGCUACGAGUUGACGCAUCGAGCGUCACCCCGUCAAUCGCUAGACCAUGCCGAAGACUACCGCCUGUCCACCACGUCGUCGCGCGACUCCAUCUCAUCCUCGAUCAAUGAACUGGACCCUCUCAAGGCCGCAGACCGACCAUACAAGGACGACACGAGCCGAACACACGAUUCAGUGUUCGUUACACGCCGUCGCUCGACAUGGCGUCGCUGGUUGAUUCCCUCUCGCAUGUGCUGCAUGAUGGUCCUGCUCUUCACUGCUGCUCUGGUCCUGCUGUUGAGUGCCGGAGGGAUCUGGGUUUACAAGACUGAGCCUGAGGGCGGCAAGAGUGACCCAUGGUAUCCAUCACCAAGAGGAGGUACAGUUGCUGCAUGGGAAGAGGCAUACAAGAAGGCUGCUGCUCUGGUUUCUCAGAUGUCUGUCGUCGAGAAAGUCAACAUUACCACCGGAACUGGCUGGGAGAUGGGCAUGUGCGUGGGCAACACUGGCCCUGUUGAGCGAUUGGGCUUCCCGUCCCUCUGCUUGCAGGACGGCCCGCUUGGUCUGAGAUUCGCCGACAACAUCACUGCUUUCCCUGCCGGCAUCACUCUUGGGUCUACCUGGAACAAGGACUUGAUCCACCUCAAAGGUCGCACCCACGGUCGUGAAGCUCGCGGCAAAGGUGUUCACAUUGUGCUUGGCCCAAGCAUGGGCCCCUUCGGUCGUCUGCCUGCUGGUGGCAGAAAUUGGGAAGGCUUUGGCUCAGACCCUGUUCUGCAAGGUCUCCUGGCCGCUUCCAUGAUCCGUGGUAUUCAAGAGGAGGGCAUCAUUGCAACUGCAAAACACUACAUUGCCAACGAGCAGGAGCACUUCCGCCAAAGCUGGGAGUGGGGCACUCCCAAUGCUAUCAGCAGCAACCUUGACGACAGAACUCUGCACGAGAUCUACGCUUGGCCGUUUGCUGAGAGUGUGAAGGCCGGUGUCGGUAGUGUCAUGUGUUCCUACAAUCAGGUCAACCAGAGUUAUGCCUGCCAGAACAGCAAGCUGCUCAACGGCAUCCUCAAAGACGAAAUGGGCUUUCAAGGCUUCGUACAGAGCGACUGGCUCGCUCAGAGAAGUGGUGUUGCUUCUGCUCUUGCUGGUCUUGACAUGAGCAUGCCUGGCGAUGGUCUCCGCUGGAUGGACGGCCGAUCUGUCUGGGGCAGUGAACUGACCAAGGCUGUCUUUAACGGUAGUGUCCCCAUGGAGCGCCUCAACGAUAUGGUGUUGCGUGUUGUGGCUGCUUGGUACCAAUUCGGUCAAGAUGACAAGACCAAAUGGCCUGCAGAGAAGGAUGGCGGUGGUCCCAAUUUCUCGUCAUGGACCAACGACGAGGUUGGCUUGCUGCAUCCUGGAAGCAACGAUACCACCAAGGGAGUCGUCAACAAGUUUAUCAAUGUUCAAGGCGAAGGCGCGGAUGCUCAUGGUAAACUUGCUCGCAAGAUUGCUGCCGAGGGAACCGUUCUGCUGAAGAAUGAUGAUCAUGUUCUUCCCUUGAACCGUGAUGGCAAGAAAAUGACCAAGAACGGCGACAAGCUUCGUGUCGCUAUCUUCGGUGAAGACGCUUUCAACAAUGGCAAGGGCCCUAAUGCAUGUGCAGACCGUGCUUGCAACGAGGGCACUCUUGCCCAAGGAUGGGGAUCUGGUACUGUCGAGUUCCCUUACCUUGUUUCUCCCGCUGAGGGCAUUCAUCUCGGGUUCGACGUAGAGAGCGUCAGUCUUUCUGACUACCCUUCCAACUACCAAGACUUGGACAAGCAUUCUUCACGCGCGACCGAUCAGGACCUGUGUUUUGUCUUUAUCAACAGUGAUGGUGGAGAGGGCUACGUUGCCUGGAAAGACGUCAAGGGUGAUCGCAACGAUCUUUAUGCUCAGAAGGGUGGUGAUGAGCUGGUUCAAAAGGUCGCAGCCAAGUGUGGCGGUCCCACGAUCGUUGUUGUUCACUCUGUUGGUCCUGUCAUCCUGGAGAAAUGGAUCGAUCUGCCUGGGGUAAAGGCUGUGCUGUAUGCAAACUUGCCAGGACAAGAGAGUGGUACCGCAUUGGCUUCCCUUAUAUUUGGUGAUGUCAACCCUUCAGGCCGCCUGCCAUACACGAUUGCGAAGCAUGAAGACGACUAUGGUCCAACGAGCAAGAUCCUCUACCACCCCAACGCUGUGAUCCCUCAACAGAACUUCUCAGAAGGUCUAUACAUCGACUACCGCUACUUUGACAAGCACGAUAUCGAGCCACGCUUCGAAUUCGGCUUUGGCCUGUCAUACACAACCUUCCACCUCAGCAGUCUCUUCAUUCAUCCCGUAGCAACCGAAUACGCCACUCUUCCCGCCAAGCGGCCAGUAUCUCUCACGCCUCCUCACGUAGACGUCUCCAUCCCAGACGCCCGCACAGCACUCUCGCCCGAGAACUUCAUCGCCCUCAAGAAAUACAUCUACCCCUACAUUUCAUCCGUCGACGAGAUCAAGCAAGGCAAAUACCCUUACCCCAAGGGCUACGAAAUUACUCAACCACCCUCACCCGCCGGUGGUGCCGAAGGCGGCAACCCAGACCUUUACACUCCCAUCGCCGUCAUCCAAGCUUCCCUCACAAACACUGGAUCGCUUGCCGGCGACUGCGUAGUCCAACUCUACAUCUCCUACCCCAGCACCCCCAUUGUCGAUUCCCUAGGCAAUGAAGUUGAUUUCCCCGUCCGUGUGUUGCGUGCAUUUGACAAAUUAUUCGUCACCCCCGAAAAGCGCGUCGAAGUGUCUCUAGAGUUGACGAGAAAAGACUUGAGUUUCUGGGAUGUNGGGGUUCAGAAUUGGGUGCUUCCGAUGGGAGAGUUUGAGGUGCAGUUGGGUUUCAGCUCGAGGAAUAUUCAGCAGAAGGGAAGGUUUAGUACUGAGGCUUUGUUUGCUUAG